GCUUUUCUGAGUCUCCCGGGCAGUUUUAUAUCUCUCUUUAUGUUCUUUAGAAAUUUGUUUUUAGAAAGACCACGUCUUCCCGGAGGGUACUUUAUUCAUGACGUCAUUUCUCGGUAUUGUCCAAUUGCAUUUCAGGAUGAAGGGCGCACAUUUCUUCUCAUUUGGUUUCGAUGACAGCUACAUCUCUAAGUCUCUCGAAGGAGUGAAAUACCGCAAUCUCCCCCCUAGAUUCCACCAACCCAUCGCUUCGGGGAACGUCUCAGAGGUCUACACGGCAGCGCUAGGGCCGCUGCAAGAAUCUUGGGUAAUCGCUUACAGAGAUUCACAAGACACAAAUAGAUAUGGAUGUGGAAACGAGGUCCCAUCGGAGCUGCGACAUCUUCUCCAGCAGUCGACACCGACCCCACACCUUCGCGUCUUCAUGGGACCUCUUCUACCCGCGAAUUUGCAGUUUCCUUCUAGCUUGAACUCCUUUAAUCAUAACUCCUGUUUUGUCUCAUAUAUGGCUUGGGACUCUGACUUCGUACGCUGGCGCUAUAUCCCAGAUGGACUAGAAAGAGCUCUACAGUCAUGGCUUACACCUGCGGGAUGGAAAUAUGGCCCUCCACGAACCAUUACGUGGGGGCCCCUGAAUGCGCACUUUGCGAUGAGCGAGUAUGGCGAAGUUGAUUACCAAGUUGGCUGGAGCGAACGCUGUCUCUCAGUACCGUGGCCAAGCCUGAAGGAGACGAUUGAAGAAUGGAAUGCGGAAGUUGGCUUUCAGUGGAGUGACUUAGCGUAUAUCUCUCUCAGCCCCACAACCAAUGAUGAAUUUAUUGUCAUAAGAAACGACGGCACUUGGGCUGGCGCUGUUGAUGACAGCAAUGAAGAAGCGCUUGAAUCGUUUGUUUUGAACUUCUUCUCCCGUGCUAGGCGGAAAGGAAGAAGUAGAUCAAAGCCUAGU